AUGUACUCCUCGCUUCAGCCUUUAUUUACCACCAUAUGGUUAUUCGCUGCAUGUUGGGGUCAGCCCUUGGACGGCUCGAGUAACCAGCUUGGCAAUCAUCAGCCUCAUUCCUACCGUCAAGCAUGCCAGGCAUCCACUUCAGGGAACCCCCUGGCAGGGUGCCCGAAGAACACUCUUCUUGUCUCUCAGUCACACGAGAAAGCCAAUUUUCGCACCAUUCAAAGCGCCAUCGACUCACUCCCACAUGAUGAUUCGAGCCAGACAAUCCUGAUUCUCGCCGGCAAUUACACCGAACAGCUGAACAUCACUCGUCCGGGCCCUUUGACCCUUCUUGGAGAGACAAAUCACCCAAGAGAUGCCGAGCAGAAUCAAGUCAAUGUCUUAUGGGCCGCUGCCACUUCUCAGGGCAUCUACACCGACAACGUGUUUACCAGCGUCAUGGUCGUGGCGCCUACUCUCAAUGCCAGCUUAACAGGAUACGGCCCAUCUGGGCUCUCGGUUCCUGAGGACACACCAUUUGGCUGCCGUGACUUUCGAACGUAUAACAUCGACUUUCGGAACGUGUAUGCGGAUCGGUCUGCAGGUCCGUCACAUGCACUAAGCUUCAGUCGUGCCAACGGGGGCUUCUACUACUCUGGCUUUUAUAGUUACCAGGAUACCGUUUUUGUUGGAAAACUGGGGAAUGCGUACUUUUAUUCCAGUGUGAUCGCUGGCCAGACAGACUUUAUCUACGGCUUCGGUACCGGGUGGUUCGAGGGGUGUGAUCUCAUCCUGAGAGGCUGCGGUGGUGGCAUCACAGCCUGGAAGGGAACCAACACUACAUAUACCAACAAAUUUGGCGCUUAUAUCCACAACUCAACCAUCCAGGCAGCAAACAGCUCAGUUGCAGCAGCUUAUCAGGCAAAGUGUGCUCUGGGACGCCCGUGGAAUAGUGCUCAUAGAAGCAUUUUCGCGAAUACCUACGAGGACACGUUAAUCACUACUAGUGGAUAUGUUCUAUGGUCGGCUCCCAUUACCAAUCAAACCCUCAUGGCGGAAUACAACGACUUCGGACCCGGCUUCAAUGUUACUGGACGUCGUCGAUAUAACUACACUGUUCUCUUGAAUGAUAAUGAAUGGGACUCAUAUAGUUCGCCCAAGAAGGUUUUCCUGACUCCGGAUGGCGACGCGGGUCAAAUCUCUUGGAUUGAUCCGACAUGCGGUAUGAUAUAA